AUGGUAUUCGACAACGCUUCAACUUAUGAAUCAGCAGCAGAAGAAUUGAAAUUUUUGUUUAAAUCACCAAUUCUAGAGGAACGUCUUAGUAAACGAGCCGUGCAGUGGAAAUUCAUGGUCAAACGUGCUCCGUGGCAUGGUGGAUUUUGGGAAAGACUAAUCGAUGGAUUAGUCCGUGCAGCAAACAUCAGAACGAGCAAAGCCCACACUAACCGUCUAAUUACAAAGCUGUACCCACUCGAGGUUGCCUUGAUAACAAGAAGUAAUCCUGAUGAAAGCUAUGUACCUCCAACCCGCGCGGAAAGUAUCGCGAAUAGUCCAUUGAUUUACGUAACCCCAAAGAAGCAAGGACGAACAGCAGCUCGCGAAGCAAAGAAGAAGAUCAAGGACUGGACAGGUGAACUCUUGCGCGUCCCGGAGGAUGUCCCGGAUUAG